AUGGCUGAGGCCAACAGCAAUGGCGACGCUGCCCACGGCGGCGAAGACUUUUACGCUCUGCUCAACGUGUCGCGUGAUGCACGUGUUGAGGAAAUCCGCAGCGCGUACCGGCAGAUGUGCAUGCUGUACCACCCCGACAAGCACACGGACCCAGCCAAGCAAGAGCUGGCCCGCGAGAUGUUUCCCAGAAUACAGCGCGCCUACGAAGUGCUGUCUGACGAGCAGCAGCGUGCCGUGUACGACAUCUACGGAGAAUCGGGCCUCACCGCCGGCACCGAGCUUGCGCCCUACUACAACACCGUGGCCGAGUUGAAAGCGGAGUACGAGAUGGUGCAACGCAAGCGCGAACAAGAACAACUACUGGCCAUGACCGCCCCAAAGGGGAUGAUUUCGCUGAACAUUGACGCAACAGAGUGGUUCAACCCGCGAAAGUACGACGACGAAGACGACGAUGAGGUGGAUGAUGACGGCAGCAGCAGCAGCAGCACUUGGUACCGCGAUGAUGGUGACGAUGUUGAUGGUGAUGAAGAUGACGAUACACAUGAUGAUGACGAAGAUGGUGGUGAUGGCGGCGUGUCUGCCACAUCAUACCGCUUCGCUGAUGAUGAUGACGAUGAGGAGGAGGAUGUGGAUGACUUUGAUGAUUUCGACGACGAGGAAUAUUUUGACGACGACCUCACACUCAGCCGCAUCUUCUCGGGCAUUUACGUCUCCGGCAUGAAGUUUGAGCAGAGCGUGCAGACGCGCCCCACGUCCUCUGACACAAUCACCCUCAACGGGACACUCAGCACACAGUUCACCAAGGGCACAGGGCAGGUGUCUGGCACGUGGACGCAUCAGCUGUCGCCGUCGGUCUCGACCGAGACGACGCUCGCUGUCGGCAGCCACCGCCUCCUCCGCUGCAAAGUCCAGCAGUCCCUCCAGCACGGCAGGGGGCUCGCGUUUGCAGAUGUGAUGGCGACACACAUGAACUACCGCGGGCGGUCUCUGAUUGGCGUGGGCGCUUCCAUUGGAUUGCUGCGGUCGCUGACGGAUCGGGUGCAAGGCCUGCUGCACUGGAAGGUUGGCCUGGACUCGAGCAUGACCACCUCCUUCAUGUACAACCACGCCGCCGCCUCCCACUCCCUCGCAUGCAAGCUGUCUGCGCGCACGCCGUCGCUGAGUGUGCAGUCUGCGUUCCCGCUGACAGAUGACCUGCGCCUCAAGCUCACCGCCACCGCCACCCUCGACGACGUGUCGGUGGGAUAUGGCCUGGAGCGACAGCUCACCGACCACACCAAGCUUGGGCUGGGCCUGUACAGCAGCCGCGCCGAGGGCGUGUCUGUCCGCGUCAAGUUUGUCACCAUGCGCCAGGCGUAUGUGCUGCCCAUCCAGCUGUCGGACGAACUGUCCACCUCCGCCGUGGUGUACGGGACGCUCUUCCCGCUCAUCACCUACGCAGCUGUGCGGCAGCUUGUGAUUGUGCCGUGGCUGCGCUCCCUGGAGCGGCGGGAGCUGGCCGAGAAGCGUCGCCGCAAUGCCGUGCUGGUUGAACGGCAGCGGCAGCAGGCCAAGGCAGCCGUCGUGCUCAUGCAGGAGACGGUGCAGCGCAAGAUUGAGAGCGAGGAGCGUGUGCAGGGGCUCAUCAUCGUGCAGGCGUGGUACGGCAGGCUCGUGGGGGACGCCAGUCGAGGUACAGCGGCGGCGUCGUUCUUCGGUCUGUCAUCCUAUUCCUCGUCGUCAACGGAAGAAGAGGACCAGGACCUCGUGGUGGACGUGACUGUGCCGUUGCAGUGCUUGGUGAAGGACUCCAAGCUGAUACUCCAAGCGUCCUCGAAGGCGAGCCUGGUUGGCUUCUACGACCCGUGCUUGGAUGAGCCAAAGCAAUUGCGCGUGGUGUAUCGCUUCCACAAUGCGCUGCACGAGGUGACUGUCAACGACGACGAGGAACUCAGGAUCCCCAAGCGGUCGCACAAGAAGCAGCAGCAACAACAACAACAAUAA